GGCGACUGGCCGGCCCUAAGGGCCCGGGAGGGCACCUGGGUUCUACCUGGGGCUGCGUGCAUGUGUGCGUGUGUGCGUGCAUGUGCAUGUGUGCAGAGCUGAGGGCAUCCGGGCCUGGCGCCAAAGGGCUCUCCAGCUGCGGGGAGAGGCAGUCGGCGGGGGAGGGUCCCUUCCUCCAGCAGCCCCCCGCCCCGCCCCUGCGCCCGGAGAUCGCGGGCUCACGGCUCGGGUUCCCUAAGCCCGGGCGCAGGCGGCGCAGACCCGCCCUCCGGAGAGGGGAGGAUGCCUUGGUGCCCCCCAACGCCAUCCCCGAUCCAUCGCCCGCCGUGCUAACUCUCCAGACGCCCUCGCCAGCUGCGGGCGGAGCUCGAUCCGCGUUGCUCGAGGAUCCUCGGCCCCCGCCCCUUCCCCGGUCCCUCCCUCCUGGAGCCCCCCAGCGGCCGCCGCCGCCGCCGCGGUACAGCCCGGCGCGGCGCGAGCAGCGGCCAAGGGGCCAAGGGAUGAGCUGGGACCCUCCCCUCAAAUGGCAUCUUCCCCUGGUCUGGAACUGAAGACGCUGAGCAAUGGCCCCCAGGUCCCUAGGAGACCAGCUCCCCUGGGCCCAGGCGCCCCGCCCAGGGAGGGUGUGGAAAAUGCCUGUUUCUCCUCAGAGGAGCACGAGACCCGUUUCCAGAACGCCACGAAUGCCAGUCCCACCGGGGGUGUCCCUCCACUGUCCCGAUCCCAGCAGGACGAUCUGUCUGUGCACUCGGAGGAGGGGCCGGGCCUGGAGCCCGUGAGCCGCCCCGUGGAUUACGGCUUCGUUUCCGCCCUGGUUUUCCUGGUGAGUGGGAUCCUCCUGGUAGUGACAGCAUACGCCAUCCCCCGCGAGGCCCGCGUCAACCCGGACACAGUGACAGCGAGGGAGAUGGAACGGCUGGAGAUGUACUACGCCCGCCUGGGCUCCCACCUGGACAAGUGCAUCAUCGCGGGCCUGGGGCUGCUCACGGUGGGCGGCAUGCUCCUGUCCGUGCUGCUGCUGGUCUCCCUGUGCAAGGGCGAGCUCUACCGCCGGCGGACCUUUGUCCCUGGCAGAGGUUGCAGGAAGACGUAUGGCUCCAUCAACCUGCGCAUGAGACAGCUCAGCGGCGAUGGGGGCCAGGCCCUGGUGGAGAAUGAAGUUGUCCAGCUCCCGGAGCCCAGCCACACCCUGCAGCGGUCCUAAGAAGGAGCCUGCAAGUCUGGCUGCUUUAGCUCCAGGGCUGCUCCAAGGCCUGGGGGUUUCAAAUGGAGCCUCCACCUGGGGCCAGUGGGAGGAGUCUCAGGGGUGGAGGGGGAGCCCCCUGGGGCCUGACGCAGGCCCCACUACAGUGGGAGCCCAGGGAGCUGUUUUGUAGCUUGAAGUUUUGCAAAAGGUUUUGGUUGGAGGAUGGCUUCUGCUGCUAAAAAUACAAAAGUUUGGAAACUGCUGCUCCUGGAAGGUGAGGUUUCAUGGCCUGAGGACUGGGAGCUGUUUGGAAGGUUGCCCACCCCGUGCCUGGGGUCUGGGACUCCCGUUGUCCUCAUCAGCCAUGUGCACAAGUUGGGUGCCCUUGGCGGGGCCCUUUUCAGCCUGAACCAUCUAGGGUGGGAGGCGGCUGCAUGAGGAGGGGAGAAGGAUGCGCCUGCAGCACCCGUGUGGACUAACCCGCGCCCCUUCCCUAUCCAGGCCUCAGCCACCCUGUCUGUAAGGGAGGGCUGGGACGGAAUGACCCCUGGGGUCCCUCCAGUUCUGCCAUGGGGACAGAAACCUGGGCUCUGUUCUGGCCACCCCUUCAGGGCAAGAGGGUGUCUCUGGGCACUGAUCGCUCUCCAUGCCAUUUGCUGGCCUGACCUUGGAGCCCACCACUGCCAAUCAUCAGCAGCUCUCGGGGUACUGCUUCCAAGCCCCGUGGUUGGCCUGGGCUAAGUCCAAAGUCUCCUACAGCCUGGUUUUGGUCUUGGGGUCUAAUUUCCUGCAGUCAUGCAUUUUAUACAGUCAAGUACACAGCAAGGGCUUUGCUGUCUUUCUGUGGGCAUGAGGCUGGCCUUUGUCACCUCCCCCUCAACAAUGGGAAUCUUAUCCAGCAGAACAAUCUAAAUAUUUGGGACUGGCCCUCCCGCCUCAGUCGUAAAGUGCGGCUACCAGCUCCGUGGGGAGGACUUGGGCACACCCGGCGUCCUGGGCGCUCUGGCUGCAUCGAUUGCUGUUUGCUCCUAUUCGCUUGUGGAAUAUUCCCAGCCUCCUUCCAGGCUCUCUAAAGACCAGGCAAGGAAGCAGGUGCUAGGGGGCAGGAAGAUGAAGGUGUUUGAGGAUGGGGGGAGGCAGCGCUCGGUCCGCAGGGCCCUGGAAGUCUUCACACCAGUGAGCCCCUGCUGCCUUGCAGGUCCUGCCUCCUGGGGCUCCUGACUGUCUUGCCAGUGGAGGGAGUGAAGGUCCGGGAGCCUGGUCUGCAGAGGCCUGAUGGCCUGUAACACGAGCCCUCAGCCCGGGGAGUGGGCCAUCUGCGCAGUGUGAUGUCACAGCCCCAAGGCUGAUCGAAUGUCUGCUCUGCUCCUGCCAGGGGAAGAGACCCAGGGGGCGGAGGACCAGGCUUGCCUCCCUUCUCCUCUCAGGUUCCACCAUGGUGUGAAAGGGGGCGGGGUUUGAAAAGAACAAAGCCCCAAGAUGGUGGAGAGUCCCAAGUCCUGGGCUCCCACUGGUAUGUUCACUCCUCCCAGCCUUAACAGGAGCAGUGGCAGGAAGCAGUGUGAGCUGUUCUGGGUAACUAAAGCUGAAUGGGACAUCCUGAGUAAGGGGCUCAGGUUUCGCAAAUCCGUAAAGAUGAUAAUAAAAAUAUUAAGGAUCUCUGUGAUGGGGUGGGGGUGGGGGGACUUACAUGGAGACGAAGCCUGUUGAUGCUGCAUCUGGGACCGUGAAUUCCUAUCAGGUUAAAGGCUCUGAAAUGUAUUUAGGGGCUGAAUCUGUUAGAAGAUCAAAUCCCAGGAAUCUCCGGCUUUCUUCAAGCCAGAGAAGCCUGCUCUGCGUUCUAAUGUAAACUCCUUUAGAGAUGUGUAUAAUGGGUUGAGGCAGUCAUUACUUUGUCGGUGAAUUAAGAAAACUUGAGAGAUGCCAACAUUUCCCUAAGAUUGCAGCUGAGGUCUCCCAGCCGGCGGAGCAGAAGCAGGUGUAGGAAGGUGUGAGGAGCAGUCUGGGGGAGGGUGCUGAGAACUCGGCAGGUUUCUCUGGGAGUAGGUUUGGAGUCAUCCCAGGGGCCCCUGUGGUCACUGGAAUAUGCCUCAUCUCCCGGCAGACAGGCUUCUAGGACUCCCAGUCUGCUUUGCCAAUGUCUGAACAGAUACCGAUUUUGGAGUUGGUAAGACCAGGAUUUGAAUCCAUGUUUGGCCAUUUUCUGUGUGACCUUGGGCAAGUUACUCGACCUCUCUGAGCUUGGGUUUCUGAGUGAAAAGAGCCUACGAGGGGAAAUGACGCCGAUCAGAGGUAACUGGAUACGCGGUGGCCAAGGUCCAGUAACAGUGAUGUUCCCUUUCCCCACCCCAUUUGGGGGUGACUGCUGGGUCUGAAACCACGGACCAACACCUCGGCCUGUCUCAGACCCACCAGCUGAUCUGAAGAGUCUGACGCUGGCCACCCCUGGCCCCUCGCCCAGUCCAGGGAUCGCACUGGUGUCCUGGCGUUCUCUCCUGUCCACCUUCCUUCUCAGCUCGUCCUGCCCUUGGCAGCUGGAGGGAGCUGACGGGGCGGUCAGGUCCUGUUGCCCUCUGUCUGAAUGCGAAGGCGCCCUCUUGCUCUGGCAGAGCCAAAUUCUCACAGCCAGAGGCCAAUUUCCUGCAAGACUAGCCAAGCCGGAGGGGCCAGGCCCCUCAUUUGGCCUGGGCCCCUUUCGAGGUGCUGAAUUGCCUUUGGUGUUUGUGGCUUUAUUUUUCCUAUGGGUGGCCCCCUAAAUUGCAUAGGUUUCAGGUCUCCCCAACCUGAGUCUGUCCCUCUCAGUGGCCUACAAUGUCCUGCACAAUCUGGCCCCUGGGUCGCUCUGACCUCACUCCAGUUCAGCCAUAUUUGCUUCCUUGUCAUUCCUCAACUUGGCAGGCACACUGCUGCCUCAGGACCUUUGCAUGUAGUUUUCUCUCCAUAUCUGCAAGGCCUAGAUUGCACCUCUUUAGGGGCUCUAUUCAAGAUCACUGCCCAGUGAUACCUGCUGACUACCCUGUUUAAAGUCUCUCCCACCUCCUGGCCAAACCCCACCCCGUUUUCUCCUCCUGGCCUAACCCCCACCCCCUUUCCUCCUUCCCUGCUCUGUUUCCCUCUGGAGCUCUUACCACCCCCUGGCAGGCCAUGUCUUAAUUUCUUGUCUAUUCCUCCCACCUCCCCCACCAGACUGCAGGCUUCUGGCAUUUCAGUCUAACUGGCUCAUGCUGUACUCCCAGUACUAGAAACAUCCACACAUAGUAGGUGUUCACUGUUGAAGGAAUGGAUUGGUAAAUGAAUGCAACAAGUUUCCUGCACCUGCUGGGGCAGCCAGGCCCACACGGUGUCCUGGAGCCCCCCAGUCCCUGCCCAGCUCCUGGUGUCUCAUCUAGAGGUAGGAGUCAGUGAUGGAGAAGAGCUGAAGGGGCUUCAAUACCACUGGUCCCUGUAGCUGGAGCUUGGGGACCUGUCUGCUGUCUGUGCUCCUGUCUAGGCCUUGAUGAAGGGAGACCCUCCUCCUGCAGCCUUUUCAGGACAAUUAUGCUAGGAGGUGUUAGCUGGGUGUCCAGGAGCUGAGAUCACCACCCAGAAUCUCCCUGACCAGGCCCUAGGUGCCCAGGCCAAUACCCAGUGUCCAUCUCACUCCUGUCACUUAGCCAGGCCCCCUGCGAGUCUCCUGGCUAGAAAUGCCUGGCAUCCCACUUUAAAUGCUCGCUUUCUUGGGAUUGAGCAUUCUCUUCCCUGGGAGUCCCUUAAAGAUGUCUUCCUCCCCGCAUGUGCAUCCACACACAGGCACACGCCCAUAUGCCCAUACCUGAGCAGGCACACCGUGCACACCCCUGCACUUCUCCUUCCUGACGUCUCUCAGAAGCCAUGGACAUGCAUUCUCGUGAAGCAGCUCCUAGCCAGGGUGUGCUCUGGGUGAUGGACCCUGUUUUCUCUUUCUCCCCCAGUCAUUGGUCUUGCCGACCCCAGGCUGCCAACCUCACAGCCAUUGCCCUACUUCCCCUCCCCCAGCUUGGCUGCUGUCUCUGUAUCCAUCCAGCGCUCCCUCCACCCCCCUUGCAGGGAAGGGGAGUUCCAGGAGAGUUUCCACCUAGCAUUUUGGAGGGGACCACAUGGUCCUGGGAUGCAGAGCAGGCUAGCCAGGUGCUGCUGGUCACCCCUUUCCCUGUGGGCCUUUGGGCAAAUCUCUCCACCUCUCUGGUCUCCUAGAGGCACACUGAACACCUUCCCGCUCUGCCUUCACAGACUGCGGGGCCAGGAAACACAAGCAGUUCUCCAAGGCUGCACACACAGCACCUGUGUCUGGAGAACUUCGAAGGGGUAGGAAUGCGAAGGGGGGCAUUAUGAUGAAGCCGUGUCAGGUUCUGUCAUGGCAUAGUGAGGUGUCAGUGGCACUGGCAAAGCCAAGGAAGUGCCCUUGGUUUCUCCUGGGAAGUAGACUUGCCCUAAUGUUGCUGAAGAGGCAGGUGUCAGUUGGGGAAGGGAAGCUGGCCUGGGCUGGAGUGGUAGGGGGCGCCCUGGCAGUGGAGGUACUUUAGCACUUACUGGGCAGGUGUUGGGUAUGUUCAGGGGUGCAGCACAGUUGGGUAGGAUCUGGCCAAGAGGCUCCUCAAACUUCCACACCUCUCCUUUGGGGACAGCCAGUGCCACAAUGGCCAGAGACUGGUUCAAGGCGGUAACAAUAUGGGCCCUGUUCUGUCUUCUUGUCAGUGGCCCAGACCCCCUGGUCCCCACACCAUUCCUCUUCCUGGGCUGGGCUGUGUCCGAGCAGAUGGCCAGGAUGUCAGAAUGCUGCAGAGGUGGCAGCGUGGCCACUCUCCAACUCCUAGAGCUGAGUGCAGAGGGCCUGGAGGCAGAGCCCCUCGUGGAGGGCUUCUGCCGGGGGUCGUGCAUCAGGUCUGUGAGUGGGAGCAUUGCCUCCAGAGGCUGGCGGCCUGGCUGCCUGGGAGUUGCUUGGGGCCUCCUCAGGUGCUCCGCAUGGGAGGCAGCAGGGCUGGGAGCAGCACCUUCCCCAAAGGCUGCAGCGAGCAGUAAACGAGCUGGCGCUUGUAAAGCACUUUGCCUGGCGCAUGGCUCUUCAUGACUGCUCACAGGUGUCGGCCCUCCAGGCAGCCACUCUGCCUUCCUCCUGGAAUGGGGUGCUGUGGGCUGGUCACAGGCUGUCUGGGGACACAGGACAGUGUUGGCCACUGCUGUGAUGGAGGCAGGGUGGGUGGCGUGUCUGCGAGGGCUGCAUGCAGAGGGGGUGCCUCAUUGAGCUGGGGUCAGAAAAGCCUUCCUGGAAGGGAGGAGGGCUAACAAGGGCUGAGUAUAAGGAAAGGUACUCGAGGCAGAGAGGAACAGCACCAGCAGAGGCUCAGAGGUCUAAACAGCCAGUGUGCCCUGGGUGUUGAGAGGAGGCAUGCUGAAGGGCAGGGGCCCAGAGCGGGGCUUUGUGCUGCAUCCCCUGCAGAAUGGGGCUGACUGACCAGAGUACUCAAGUCACAGGGUCAUUACCAGGAUGGAAUUCACAGGGGGACAGUUCGUGGCAGCCCUUAAUAUCGCUUGCAGAGGUGUGUGGCAGGAAGAUCCUCUGAUAUCAGAUGCAGUGUAGAGGUGUCUGUGACACUGUGGGAUCCAGCACUCAGCCACCCUCCCGGGGUCCCCGCUACAGAGGUCACAACCUUAAGCUCCAGGCCUCCAUCUCGGCAGCCCGUCCCGUCUUGGCCUCUGAGUCAUCAGAGUCAAGGUGGCAGUGGCUGCUCUCCUGGACCUGGCAGGAGGUAAGAGUGGAAGGGAACUCACUAAUCAGCUUUUCUGGCAGGAACGCUGGCCUCAGGGGAGCAGGAAGGUAGGGAAGAAGGCGGCUGCUAUGCCAACCUCUUACUGGGUGGCGCAGUGUCUGGGCCAGCGCUGACUUCAGGUUAAGGGCAGUCAGUAAAAGGCAGCUCUCUCUCAUCUCUCUUCCCUUCCUCCACUCUCCAUCCUCCUCUUUGUGAUUCCUUUGUGCCUCUCUUUCCACUGAAACUACUCAGGGGGGGUCAGGCGGCCACAGGUGAGUCGUUCCCAUUGCUGACUCCCUGCCAGCUGCCAGACUGUCCUCCUCAAAGUCCCUCCCCUCCCCCAUCAAAGAUUAAAGCAGAGGCCCAAGUGCAAAUGCCUGCAGGGCCUGGCAGGUGACACUGAUGAGUGCAGCAGGUGGCUGGGAACAGCAGUGGCAGGAUUAAAGGGGGCGCCUGCUCUCUCCAGCCCUGGCCGGCUGCUGCUCUGUGGUGGCUGGGCUCAGGGUAGCCAGAGCUCCAGCUUUUUCAGCGGCAGCUGGACAGCCGGACCUCUGUGUGGGUAAAAGGAUGCUAAAGGGGAUUAUCUUACUGCCAGCGAACUGCGAACUGCAGCUGAGGCCAAGGGACUGUCCAAUGGAUGCCGCCUGCUGGGCCCAGACAUCCACAUCCUCACCCCCUGGGGCUUAAUCCAUCACUCCCAGAAAUGGAAGAGCCCUCCAGAAGGGGACUGGCCUCUGCCACUGGGCUGGAAACUUGCAGAGCUGCAGGGCCUGCAAACCAUCCAGGAGCGCCCAUCCGAGCAUCCUUCAUUCUCUCAAGGGUUUGCGCACCUACUCUGUACUAGGCUUUGGAGAUAAGUGUGGAAGAGAGAAAGACCAUAAAGAGAAUGUUCUCAAGAGGGUGCAAGGUGCAUUCUGGAGCCCACUGUUUAUGAACAUGGAGACGAGGCCUGUUUCUGACCAGAACAACUCCUGAGCUGGCAGGCCCAUGGGAACAGCCCAAUGCUGGCUUGAAGGGGUAGUGAUGCGGGGGAUCAGGAAGGAGGGCGGCCCUGCAUCCCCUCCCUGAGCUCUGAGGCCUGGAAGGCAGGUGGAGGGCCCUGGCACGCCUGGUGCUCAAGAGCUGCUGUGGCAGAUGGUAGGUGACCGCCGCCAGCAGAUGUGCUGGGAGCUUCCGGCAGACGUGCACCCUUUGAGGGCCCAGGGCAAAGCUCUCACCACCUCCAUACACUAUGUGUGCAGCCUAUUGGAGACCACAGAAUCAAAACAACCCCCUCAAACCCUAGAAUUUAGAGAAAGACCACCUCCUCCCACCCUCUUCUCCAUCAGCAAGACCAGGGAAGAGGCACUUCUUGUGGCUCUCUCCUCUUCCCCGACCACACCAGAGGAAGUCAGAGGGGACUUCUUGGAACUGGAAGUGAGUUGGAAAGUAAAUUGGGUUGGACUAAGUUUGAAAGUGACCAGUUAACUACUGGCUGGGUCCCAGCUGCUGAGAUGAGAAAGGGAGGUUUGACAGAGCUCAGCUGGAUGAAAGGCAAACAGUGAACAAGCAUGAGGUAUUCAACUUCUAACAACCUAGAGUGUUCUGUGCCUGGCCCUCUUCUAUGCCUUUCCAAUCCUGCUCACACAGUCCCAUGACUACCCCACAGAGGGGCCCAUCAUUACCUCCAUACAAUGAAGAGCUUUGGCCCAGGCAGGUUAAGGAAGCUGCCAAAGGUCACACAGUGGGUGAAAAGCAGAAUCAAGUUAAUAACCUGCUCAUGCAUCCCAUCGAAGAACACGCAGGCCAGUCGGAGCAUGGGCUGGGGGCUACUACUCUGAGGUCUGGAGUUACGUGGGAACUAGGAAGCUCUGCGGCAGGGAAGAGGAAGGCAUAUGGGGGAGUACUGAACUCAGGCCCACGUCCACUUAGGGCCAUGGAAUACUACUGGUGAGCAAGACCUUAGAGACAGGUGCACCUUUACCUCCAUUUACAGAUAGGAAAAGUCAGAGGGGAUAGGAUGUGUCCACAGUCACCAUGGCUUAGCCCUCAGCCCAUUCUUCUCCUCAUAUGCUUCUCACUUGAAUUUAUGUCCUGGGAACUAAGAAAGGAUAAGGGCUCCUGUGGGUGUAGUCUGAAGGAGAGGGAGAGGGCAGACUCUGUAUUUCGACCAAGACACCUGGGUCCAGUCUGUUUGUCCUCAAGACUGGGCCAGAUGAUCCAAGUGGACUGGGGAACAGCAGUUUGGCCUAUCCUAAUGACCACCCCCAGCAGAUUGACAGAGGGUGGGCGCUGACCAGGGUGCUGAAGCUGAAGGACACCGUCUGCUUUGGACAGUGUUUAGUGAAAUGCCUUGGUCUAGGUGGCAGGUCUCUGUGGCCUGGGAAAGUCACUCAUUCAGUGGCUCUGAAUCUACCUCUUUACCUGCUCAGUGGGGAAGAUUAACUCUCAUCCUACCAAACUUAGGAGGCCAAGUGACAGGGCCCUGUAUACAUCCCCCAGGGCCCAAAGUGGGCUCUCAGGAAUUCACCCUCAUGGGCUUUUUGAGUGUUUCUUCUGUAGAAUGGAGGUUGUGAUGGGUGGUUUUGGGUGCCUGUUCAACCUGGGUGCCAAGAUUACAGGUAGGAACAGAGGCUCAAUUUGCAAACAGGAUGGAUUUCAGUCUCAGACCAUCCUGGGGAUUAGGUACCUUCACACAGAUCCUGACUUCACCCUGUAAGUGCCAGACAAAUGCUUUUUUCUUUCUCUGGGGGCAGCCCAAGGUUCUUUCCUCUUGUCCUUGAGCUCCACCCUUAUCUACUCAUAUGGUCUCAUUAAUAGUAGCAGCUAGUACCUACUGAGCCUCUGCAGGCUGCUAAUAAGACACAUUAUCAGGACGGAUCCUGCAAGAAUUCUGCAGGUGGAGGUGGUGCUCUUCUUGCAGAUGGGAAAGGCCACGUACUGGCUAAGGCAGCACUGGGAGUCACACCCAUGUCUGCCCAAAUCUGAGACCCCUUCUGGACCUAGAAGGAGUUACUGGGCCUUUCCAGCCCCUCUUUCCCAGUUCAAAAAAUGGGGAUGACACCUCAAAGAUUUGAACAUAAUGAAUGCUACCUUACAAGAGUGCUUAUGUACUUAGACAUACAUGAAACACAUUUGGGUGACCAAUGAGGGUAAGGGAAUGGAAUAGAUACUGGGGUUAUAAUAGGCACACACUUAAAACAGGAGGGUUCUUGCAUGCAUUAAUCAUAAUGUGCCAUCAAGCAGGAAUGACUGACUCAAUUCCUUGCAUUUGAUAAACAGGUGAAAAAAAGCUUCCACCCUUGAACUUCUUAAACUUUAAUGUGCACAUGAAUUAUGGGAAGAACUUGUUAAAAUGAAGAUUGCUGUUUGGUCUGGGGUGGGGCCAGAGAUUCUGCAUUUCCUGACAAGAUCCUAGGUGAUGCUGCUGCUGGUGGUGGUCCAAGUAGAAAGAAUGGAAAGUCUUUCUUUCCCUUCUCUGUUCUCAAACUUGUGUGAUUACAUCAAUCAUAGAGAAAUUUGUAAAAAAUGGGUUUGAGGGCCUUACCCUAGAGAUCUGGGUGGGGCCCAGGAUGUACUAAUGCAUACUUAGAGCAAGUAUCUCAGGAGAUAGGCUUGGCACGCAAGGCUGUGGGACAUCCACUUGGCCCGUGGCACCAACACAGAUGGGAGACUGGCUUACCAGACCUCUGUCCAAUGCACUUUACUGACUGGAAAGGUGGGAAAAGGAAAAGGGACCUCCAUUGCAGCUACAGGUUGAGAGUUGAUGUAGAUCCUAACAAUCAGAAGCAUUGAACUAAUCCUUCAACUUGGACCUGAGCUGAGUGGGGUCACGCUGGCGGCACUGGUGCAGCUCUGCAGUUCCUAAGCUCCAAGUCAUGGCAAUGACGACGACGUGAUCUCUGCAUGCUAACCUCUUUGGCUAAAAAAAUUAGUUUCUUUUUACUACGACUGCAGACUUACACUUCAGCAGUGCCCUACUAAUCUCUCGUCCCUCUGAACCCUCAUCACAUUGUGACUCACGACACUCACCUUGUGUGGCUCAUCUGUAACAGUUAGUCACAUGGUCCCCUAGGGCCCUCUCUUAGACAUUGCCAUCAACCCCAUAUUCCUCCAACCCUUCCACUUUGUAGCUCCCUUCAUCCCUGCCACUAGUAGGGUUUUCUGUCAUUGCUGCUUUUUUGCAUUCUGGGGUCUGUCCUCAGUCACCCAGGCUUGCCACCCCUCACUGGCUGCCACCUUUGCUUUCUGAUCCCAUCCUCUGGGGGCAGAUUCAGGGCUACCAGGGGUAUGCCUUGUUGGCAGUCCAAGAGCAAACAAUGCCUGGGAUUUGGAUGCCUGCCUUUGAGUCUCUCUAUUGGUGCAAAAAGUCAACAAUGGUCUACAAGCAUGAAACAUUUGACAGAGAAAUCUGGGCGUGUGUGCCUGUGGGCAAUCUUUCCUCUCCUAGGGGUAGAACCUGUCUUUAUUGGAAUUGUACCAAAAUGGACAAGAUUAGGUAACAGACUACAGAUUCCAAUUUUCCUGUGAAGAGACACAUGAAUCAGUUACAAAAAAGUGCCAUUAAUGACAACAGAGAGGGAGCCCACGAGGAAAGCUGGGUUCCAGAGUGAGGCUGUAUGGGACUGGCUGCCCUCUUUUGAACUCUUGUCAACAGGCACUGGCCACCCAGCACAGGAACAGUCUCCAUUCUGAGCACAAUAUAUUCUUGGGACCUUAAGAGACUCUUGAUUUCUCAAUGGAGGUUGGCAGAUGCUCACAAUUAGAUAAAUGUGAUGAGAAACACAGCCAGCUCUGAGAACUAGGGAGGAGACAAGCUAAGGAAGAGAAGGUGGGAUGUGAGUCAGUGCAUCCCAGAAACAGAACUAGUGGUCCAUGGCAUUUCACCACCAACAGACAAUCACUUAGAACCAGGCCUUUAUUGUACUUGUAAAGUCAUUGGAUGAACAAUUAAAUUUUGCACCAAGCAAAAGUGAUGCUGUGAAUCUCACUAGAAAAGGCCAUGGAAAUUUCUUGCAUCAUAUCAAGCCGAAAACAUCUCCCAAAGUCAAACACAACUCCUCUGCAGCUCACCAGCCAUGGUCACCCAUGGUCUAUUCCCCAUGGUGAGUGCCUCUGGUCUCUGCCUUGUUUAGCCUAGGUCAAAUUUCUUCUUAAAAAUAAAUAGAAGGCAAAACCCACAAGAUACCACUUCACACCCACUAGGAUGGUGAUAAGCAAGAAGAUGAAGAAUAACCAGUACGAGGAAGUGAAGCAACUGGAACCCUCACAAGUUACGGUGGGAGGGCCUAGUGGUGCGGCUGCUGUAGAAAAAAGCUUGGCAGAGUCUUGGAACGUUAAACACAAAGUUACCACGUAAUCCAGCAAUGCCGUGCCUUGAUUCCUACUAGCCAAAAAGCAGUAACCCAACUGUCCACCAACUGGUAAAUGAGCGAGCAAAAUGUGACAUAUUCAUGCAAUGGGCAUUAUUCAGCUACACAAAGGAAUGAAAUACAGACAGAUGUUUCAAGAUGAGCGCAUCUUGAAAACAUUACACCCAGUGAAAGAAGCCAGAGACAAAACGCCACUAGGAAGUGACUCCACUUAUGAGAACUGUCUAGAAUAGGCAAAUCUUUAGUGAUACAGGGAUAGAUUAGUGAUUUCCUGGACUGGGGGUUGGGAGGAGGGAGAAAGGGAGUGACUGCUCAUGGGUAUGAAGCUUCUUUUCAGGGUGGUGACAAUGUUCAGGAAUUGCAUAUGGUGAUGGAUGCACAACACUGUGAAGAUAGUAAAUAAAGCUCACUGAAUCGCAUAUUUGAAAAAGGUGAACUUUUGGUCUGUGAACUGUAUCUCAAUAAAGCUAUCACUAAGAAAGAACAGGUUAUGAAGUGUGGAUGUUUAUUGUUAAGGCUACAAUUUGGGGGUUCUACAAAACACACACCUGCAACGUCCCCACCUGCUGCUCGGGGAGGACUCACAGCUGGAGGGAAGCAGCCCACGUCAAAUCCAGCACCAACAGCUUGACCAGGAAGUUCCUAAACACCCCAUUCCCUGCCCACACGCAACAUCUAAGACAUGGCCUGUGCUCCUCCUUGAUACAGGGAGACCCACGUAACAAACAACUGAUUCUGAAGAGGAAUCACUAUAUUUUCUGCUUCAGAAAACAGAAGUAUGUGUAUGAUUGUAUUUUCAAACUUUGCUCUAGAAAACGUAAGUGGAAAAUUUAUUAUUAAUCUUAUUUUUUCCUUGAAUC